AUGACGGCUGUUGCUAAGAAGCGGUUACAAGCCAUCAGCCAGCAGCUGGUAGAAGGUAUCCCUGAUGCUGGCGAGUUUGAGAAUAUUCCUAGGAUCCGGGAGGUUGCUCAGGACUCCCUUGGGCCAAGAAUCAAGGACAAGGUCGUGAUUAUAACCGGAACUAACUCUCCCAUCGGAAUCGGACGAGCAACGGCUCAUCAGUAUGCCCGCCAUGGUGCCAAAGCUAUCUACAUCUGUGACUUUGCGGAUUCACAUCUCGACGUUCACAAGCGAGAGAUAGAAUCCUUGUACCCUGGCGUCAAUGUUCAUACAAGGCAGUUUGAUGCUGGAGAUGAAGAAGAAGUCAAGAAGCUUGUUGACGACGUGAUAGAAACCUAUGGCCGGCUGGACAUCAUGUUCGCUAAUGCGGGGAUCGUCGGGGCACCGAAACUGUUUACCGAAGUCUCUGGGGAGGAGUUCAUGCAAACUAUGGAUACGAAUGCCAAGGGCCCCUUCCUGGCUACCAAGUAUGCUUCUAUAGCUAUGAGGAAGACAUCUCCUGCCAAACCGUACCCAGCCGGAAGCAUUAUUCUCACCGCUUCUGUUGCUGGUAUGCGGUCCAACGCUGGUUCAACAGAUUACUCGGCCAGCAAAGCUGCCGUCAUUUCGUUGGCUCAAACAUGUUCAUUCCAACUAAGUGGUACUGGGAUUCGCGUCAAUGCAAUCUGCCCUGGUGUGGUAGAGACUGGUAUGACAAAGGCAAUGUACGACCAUGCUCGUAGCAGAGGAACGGAGAAGAAAAUUGGACAGCUGAAUCCAUUGAUGAGAGGGGCCGUUGCUGAUGAGAUCGCUCGUGUUGCCUUAUUUCUAGGUAGCGACGAGAGCAGUUACGUCAACGGUCAGGCAUGGGCGGUCUGUGGAGGUUUGAGUGCCGGACAUCCAUUUGUGCCUGGAAAACUAGCAUAG